UAUUUAUCGAAAAUUUACGGGAGCGGGAUCGAGAGCGCAUUACCUCCUCGUUCACUUGCAAGCGCGCGUUUAUCGAUCGUCUAUCACAUACUCGUGGUGAGGGAUGUGAUUCCUGUUUCCGUAUUGCCAUUCUGUUUUACAGCACUGUAUGUUGUAACUACAGUCUACAGGUACAAGUUUAGUGUACUGGAACUCUGCAUUUUAUCGGAUUCUACUUUUCCUAGAUUUGGCUUCGAAUCUUGCCAAAACAGCUGCUUUUUGGAAUAUAUUUUGUCAACGGUUCAAUUCAGGAAUCCAGCUGGGGAAAAUGAUCAAACUGUGUGGACCAAAGCUGGCGGUGACCGGACUGAUCAUCAGCAUUUGGGGCAUCUUCCAGUUAGUACUCAUGGGAGUCUUCUUUUUCGUCCGCUCUCCGGCACUUGUGGAAGACCUGCCUCUCAAUGAAACUCAAUAUGUGCAUUUCCAAAUCUCCGGACAGGGGGUAAAAAUUGACGAAGCAUAUAAACAGCAAGCGUAUAACUGCUGGGUCGCUGCUGUCCUGUACGCUGGUCUGAUGAUCUUCUCCGCACAACAGUUGUUUAUGAACUUGCGGCAGACCACCUAUACCGGAAUGUGAUCUUCAGCACUCAUAUACAUCUAUGGACUAUCUGUAAAUUUGUAGGCAUAGACGGAUGCCGUCGACACAUUUCAAGAACAUUACAAACUUGGUGAUAGUGUCACUAUAUAAAAGAUUUGCAUACGUUAGUCAGCAUGUUUACGAUGCUUACUGGGCUACCUGUGUUUACUCUGAAGAAACAUUUACCUAAUUACCUGUGACACUAUACAUGGUUGGUCAGCUUUAAUCCAAAUAAAUGCUAUAAUUUUACAAGUGAAAA